GCGAUUGGAGCGCCGAGCUGCGACUGAGAAACUCCGUGAAGCAGUCGGCCAAGCAAGAUCGCAGUACGUGGCUUGAGAAUCUGACAGCUACUGGAGACUGGAGUUGCAUCAACAAGAUAUCAAAGGGCAAGGGCCGGCCGCAAGGGCGACUUCACAAUCGAAACGGCGAUCCGGUUACGACAGACGAGCGCGCGGAGACAUUCGCGGAGCACCUCAGCAAUAUCCAGUGGCACGUGCGCCCUACAACUCUGACGCCAGUCACAGACGAUGCGAUCUACCAGGCGUUGAACGUGAAUCUGGAUCGCUUUACGGAUGCAGAAUUACGGACACCCGCUGCGGACGUGCACGUUCGCUUCCGGCUCACUGACACCACAGACAGAUGCUACAACGAGGAGGGUUGGUAG